AUGACAGACGAACCGUCCGACGAGGCCAUGGCACCGUCGCCUGUGACGCAACCUACCUCUGAGGGAGGUGUAAAGGUGGAGACGGAGACUAAAUGGAGCACUGAUCAAAUGCAGAGGGAAGCGGAGCCUGACGCAGAAAUGCAAGACCAUGACAAUGGUGAUAACGAGGCAUCCGCGGACGGCAAAGUUGAGGAGGAAGACCAGGCUGGCAACGCUACGCCUCCUCGUGAUGCGGCUAGUGAUGAAGAAGAAAAGACUCCGAUGCGGCGCUCACGCCGCACGACCGCGCAGGAAGAUGCCAUGAAAGAAGACCCUACAGACGACAUGGUCGACUAUGACGAGGCGUCCGCCCAAGUGGAUGGGGGCGAUGCCGGCGACGAAGGCGUGACGCGCUGCAUUUGUGGUAGCACUGAUGAAAAUUUAGGUUUGAUGAUUCAGUGCGAGACGUGCAAAUGCUGGCAGCACUGUUCAUGUAUGGGUAUGCAUACGGAAGAAGAUUGCCCUGAUGUGUACUAUUGCGAGCAAUGCAGGCCUGAGAACCAUAUUGAGCUACUUCGCUCCUUGGGAUUCCUUCCGUCCUCCAAGAACGGCAAGCGCGGUCCAGCACGGAGUCGGAAUGCGAAAGAGACCGCACGUGAGCUACGGGAAGCGCGUGAUGCUGUGCGUGCUAUGGCCGAGGAAAAUGCAGCGCGUCUCCGUGGGGAGAUGACAAGUCGUGAUCGACGGUCUACACAGGCUUCACGUACGGCUGCAGAGCCUCGAGCCACACCCAAGCGACGAACGCUGAACAGCCGCGACAUUGGCGAAGAUGGAUGGGAGCAGAUUCCGCCAGAGUUGCUCAGUGAGGAAACACAGCCUGUGGACGAAGACGUAGAUGAGUCACGCAAGCGUAAGCGCAGCAACGAGGCGCAGGAGGAAACAGCGGCCAGUCAAGCACCAGCACAAGACGCAGGCAAACGCCGACGUACAGGUAUGUCUGAGUCGCCUGUCAAAGAGCGACGCUCGAACGAGAGCAAACGUGAAACGCCUAUGCCGGAACGCAGUCGGAAAGAUCGAUCGACGCCCUUGGCGCGGGACGUGGAUGCGAAGUCCAAACACCCGAACCAAUAUACCUACCGCCAGCAGCGCCAGGAUACGCCAUUGAGUGCCGUGCCGGCACGUACGCGAGAAGCACGUCGCGCUGGACGCGAGAGUGUAUCGCGAUCAGGUACGCCAUUGCCGGAGGCAGGGAGUCGCCUGCCGAACAAUACGCUGCCGGAGCACCUGGCACAUUUGGCGUACUUGAUGCCGCCCAUGGUCGGUGAAAGUACAGAGGAGAGCGAGACAUCGACGCCGGCUGUCGUCGCGAAGCCUGGCGGUCCAGAGCCUUUUGCAUUGGUGACACCGAUCGAUCCUGCGAUCAAAAUUCGAUACCCACAAAAGCGCAUGACGCUCGGUGAGAUGCGGAAACGUGUGCGCACGAUUGGCGAAUAUGUGACACGCGUCCAAAUCGAGGCGGUAGAGCGCGAGAAGCGUGUCACAUUUUUACGCGAUCUAGCCAAGGUGUCCUCUACCACAGACGAUGUGGCAGGCGAGGACCAGCAGCCAGAGGCUGAGCGCCAGGACGACACAUCGUCGAUUCACAUGAGCAUUCGACUGGUUGAACAGCUUACGCGUGACUUGAAUACCUUCCAGCGGCGGUUUGCGCAGACAGGUUCUGUGUCACGCAGUGAUGCUUCCACGGAGGCUGUAUCUGCUCCAUAG